UUUUUGAAGUAAAACACUAUCGGGUCUAAAUGGGCUAAAUUUCAUUUAUUCUAAGACCCAACUCUUUGUUUUCAGCAGGAAACACUUUAUACCAAAUGAAAAGAAAAACAUAGAUUUCAUAGAAAAACAAGAAAGAAAAGAGAGCGAGAAAUGGAGGAAGCAAUGGCAAUGGCCCAUCACCAGCAGCAAUUUCUCUUACAGCAACAGCAGCAGCAGCAGCAACAACAACAGCAACAUCAUCAACAGCAACAAUCACUUCUCUUACAACAACUUCAAAAACAAGCCCAACAUCAACAGCAACAGCAACCACAACAACAAGCAAUUGCUCGUUUCCCGUCAAACAUAGAUGCCCAUUUACGUGGUACUCUAGGUGCUCUUCACCAACGUCCUCUUAACAUCCAACAAAACCCCAAUUCUAGCCCCAAUCCUAACACUAACACUAACGCUAACCCUAAUCCUAAUUCCACCCCAAAUCUACAGCAACAACAGCCUUCGCAACCACAACAACAACAACAGCAACAACAGCAGCAGCAGCAACAGCAGCAACAGCAAAAGCAGAUCCGACCAUUGAAUCAAGCGGAGCUCCAGAUGGCUUAUCAGGAUGCUUGGCGUGUUUGUCACCCAGAUUUCAAACGUCCCUUUUCUUCUCUUGAAGAUGCUUGUGAGAGGUUACUACCUUAUCAUGUAGUAGCGGACUAUGAAGCAGAGGAGGAUGAUAGAAUUCUUGAUUCUGACACAACCGGCCUGAUGCCAUCUCGCUCCCAGCAGUGGGAUCACAACAUUGCUGCCAAAGUCGCAGAGUUCACAGCCACAUUUGAGAAACAGGCCCUUGCCUUCAAUAUAAUAUCUCGCAAACGAGCUAUGGGGGAAUUUCGAUCAGAGGAAAGAUUGAUGGUUGAGCAGGCUCUUCUCCAGGAAGAGAAGAAAGCCAUGUUUGUUUUGAGAUCAGAAAUAGAAUCUAGGGAGAAGGCUGGUCGGGAGGCUCAUGAGGCUAAGUUGCGACUGGAAGCAAUGGUUCAGGCAGAGCAAGCUCGAGUUGAAUCACAAGCUCAUGCUGAAAUAGUGGCUCAAGGACCUAUAAGGGCAAACGCACGUGGGUCUCAAGGAAGCAACCUUACAAUUGGUCAUGACAUUGGAGAGCAUGCACAAGGUGUUAAACCUGAUGAGAUUAUGAAUGGCUGGGAGAACAAUGCACAGAAGGAUGAAAAGGAACCUUCUGAAGAUUUCUUGAAUGAUGAAGAGACCGAAAACGGAUAUACAGAUGUACAGAAUGACUGGCACGAAGUUGGGGAGUUUGAUUUGAACAGAAGAUGAGUUGUAAAGGUUAUAUCUCCCUUCCUUUUUUUACUUGUUUCUCCUUUUUCUUUUUCCUCACCUCAUUUGUAAAAGAAAAUACGUAGUAAAAUUUUAGGACAUUUUCAUUUUAUUUAGCCUUGUGUUAUUUGUAUUUAUGUCUUGGCUAACCAUGCAAAGGAGGAGUUUCUUUGCUUUUGAGAGCUGCUUGAGGCUUCCAUUAAGCUUGUUAAAUGUUCUUUGUACAUGUUACAUUCACCCAAACCAAAUGGUGAAAUUCGAAGUAGCCAUAGAAGCAGCUGUGCCUCAAGUAAAUCACGUUGUUUUCUUGCCCCAUUUUGGUCCAUUCCAAACUUAUUUACGUUAAAAAAAAACUUAUUUUACAUAUACGUUUUUACUUCAUCUAAUUCAAUGUUGUGUAAAUUCCAUCCCUUUUCUUGCACUGGAUUAC